GUGGUGGAGGCUACCCAGGCCUAAACAGGCUUUUACAGCCUAAUGUAGGACGGGUCAAUUGUCCCGUUGUUUCUUUGCACGGUUUAGGUCAAACUUCGACUCACGGUGCCCCCGCUGUUGUAAGGAAGAUAACCCAUUUCUGCCCCUGGGAAGACUUGUAUAGAAACAUGCUUUAGGCACAAUCACAUUAUUUGAAAACAGGGUUUUAAGACGAGAAAAUGUGAACUUCUCAAUUUCUCACUCAGCUUUUUCAUACUGAUAACUAGGUCGUCUAACUUGCACAGCGGCAGCCGAUAUUUUUUUUAGACAUGAUGUUCAUAGACAUUGAUAACAUAAUACCGUUGUUUAUUUCAAAGAGAAAAAAAGUUUAAUUUUGAGAAUGAAGAGACGGUGCCUUUUCGAGAGAGACGUGCUCAUUAGAGAAGGUAGACACGUGGCCUAUUAGAAGAGGUAUUUGAUCAUAUAUACUGGCAGCAAAAGCAGAGAAGGACAUUUUAACACAGCCAUAUCCAGCCUUCUCUUGUUCAUCUCCUCUUCAACUUAUGUCAAGACUUCAAUGUUCUUGUCCUAAUUGUCUGUGAAACUGAGCCUCUGCUGAAAUUGAGCCAUUUAAUUACUUGAACCAUAAGAUCAAAAGUGAGAAACCAGUAUUAUAUAGUCUUUAAUAAUACGUCUGUCUGCUGGCAUACUAAGAGAUCAGGGGCAGCAAACUCAGUUCCUUGAGGAAAUUACCCACUCUUGUUUAUCUCCAUGAGUCUUUGAAGUUUAUUUUGUUUGGAUAGCCUUUACCAAUCUUUCAAUCCUGGAGAAAACAAUAAAAAAAAAGAAAAUUGAAAGAUGCAUGAAAAAAAGAAGAUUGUUUUGUUUCUUAGAAUUUACUAUUUGACAUUUGUUACCAUCUCUUAAUGUUCCUGUUAGCUACACAACUGUCCGCCUGACCUACCACUCAUUCCAAGCUUACUGACCCAAGAGUUACAUGAGCUUUAAGACUGGCUGAAAUGUCACAGAACCUAAAUUGUCAUGCUGGUCUCAUACUGGAGGAAGUUGGCUCUGUCAUCUUGUAGGCUUGGGAGAAAAACACCCUAGGGGAAGGGAGAGAACUGAAUCUGCCUAGCCACAGGGACUAGUAUUCUUAAGAAAUUAUUGAUUCCAUCAGUAUUUCUUCUUAAGGCUAACAUUCUGCUAUUACAGAGCUAGCACAAGCUAUAAAGUAUCCUGUGAAUUAGGUGUGUUCAUUAUUUAAAGGAAAAUUCUUAAAACAGUUUUUUUUAUUGAUGUACCAGAAUUGAAAACACUUUUUAUUAACUGCUAUAAGACUAUCAAAUUUUACUUAAACACAUGUACAUUCCUACAUCAUCAACCUGCAUUUUUAAAUGGCAUCUUGUUUUUGGCUAGGGUAAUGGGUGGGAGCCAUUCUGUGCAAAUUGUCAUGGUUGGACUGGAGGGUACUGGCAAAACCACUUUACUGUACAGGCUCAAAUUUAAACAGUACACUGGAACUAUACCCACCAUCGGCUUCAACUGCGAGAAGGUGGAAGUACAAGAGGGUAAGGCCAGGGGUGUCACCUUCACCAUCUGGGACAUUGGGGGCAAGGAUAACAUGAGGCCCCUUUGGAAGUCCUACCUGCGCUCAGCCAAUGGGAUUCUCUUCGUGGUGGACAGCAGCAGUGCUGAGAGCUCUGAGGAAGCCAGAAUGGAGCUGAUGAAAUUGGUGAAGACUCAGAACCCCCAGAACAUCCCCACGCUGGUGGUGGCCAAUAAGCAGGACCUGCCCUCUGCUAUGUCACCUGAGGAGGUGUCUAAAGCUGUGGGUGUUGAGGAGCUAUCUAGAUCACAUCCCUGUAAGCUGAUACCAACUUGUUCAGUUACAGGUGAAGGGCUGACAGAAGCUAUGGACACUAUGUAUGAAAUGAUUAAGAAAUGGAAGAAAGGAAAGGGUAAAGCUAGGUAGCACUUGUGCAUUUCACAUAAUCCAAAAGGUAUCAUUGUCAAAUUUUUACAAUCAUAUUGUCUAGGCAUUGUCCUGAAAUCUAUGGCAUAUUAAUGCCAAUACAAAGCUGUGCUGAUCGUGUUGUUAUAGCUCAAUACUUGUGCUAACCAGGCCAGAAUCAUUGCAAUUAUUUGUGCCAGUUGUGUUCAGUAUGAUAUUCUUGAUCUGAUCGUCUGACAAAAUCUUUCUCUGAUACUUAUGUUUUCUUUGUCCCAUAGUAAAAUAAAUUUAUAUUUUUCUAAUGUCAAUAAUUAUUACUGGUAUUUUAUCAUUGUAAAUGUAAUAUCUACCAUUAAUUUAAUUCCUUACAUGACAUUGCAGGCCAUUAUAUAUAAAGGCAACACAUAUUGUCCUUUAUCUAUAUUUCAGGUAUGUAAUUUUAUUUUACGGUUGUUACUUCAAUAUUAUCUUAUGGGUUUCCAAAAGAUAUUACAUUUUUUUUGCCAUUAUGAGAUUGUAUAUGCUUAUUAAAUGAUAUAUUUAUUUUCUGCCUGAGUGAAACAAGUUGUCUAUUGUGUAUGUGUGUCCCUUUAAAUGGCAUGUAAAAAAAAAGGCUGUGAAUACUUUAGAUUUUGUACAUUUUGUAAAUAAGGUAUUUUGUAUUUGAAGCUGUUACUUUCAGUAAACAGCCAGCUAGCUUUAAUAAAAAGUCUUUAAUGAACCAUUACUUUGAUAUUUUUGGGCCAUUGAAAGAACUCUCUAAUCAAUUAACUCACUAGCAAAUGUGAGUGUAUCUAAAUCAUUUUUAAUGACCUGUCAUAACCAAAUCAUUUUAAUUGAAUUCAGCUCAAAUUAAGGAAGUGAAAUGAUUGCUUUACAAAACAAUAUUGUAAAAAAUCAAAUGCUGUAAAAGAAAUUUUCUAGAAAUUUAUUUUUUUAAAUUUUGUUUUUUGAGUUAAGAAUAAACCUAGAAUUUGUAUUUUGUUGUCUAAAAAUGUACAUUUUAAUAUUAAUGCAGUAUAUAUUACAUUGAAUGUUAAAUGGACUUUUUAAAUAAGUAAGUAAUCUCAAAAAUACAAAACAAACUACAAGGACCAUACUAUCCAAGUAUAUAAUCAUAAUUAUCUCAAGUUUUUCAUUCCAAUGAAAAUAUAAAAUGGGAGAACCUAUUCUUUCAAUUAUGCUGUCUUUUGAAGAUUUGGAAACAUUAAAAUUAUUUGUUUAAGCUGACUUCUUUAAAUUUAUAGUUGGAAGAAAACAUUGUCAUUCUUGACCUCAUUAGCAUUAUGACUUUAUUAUUGUAGAAAUAACAGGCUAACAGCACAAUUUGCUUUUACUUGAAGAAAUCCAGAUUCAUGAAGACUCAUUAACUGAUAUGCUGCACAUUAAAAUGAAAUCGAUUGCUUAUGUGAUCUUUUUUUUAAAUACUCUUUCCUUUGUUGGGGCAGCAAAAACCAAAUGUUUUUUUUUUUUUUUAAAUAGAUUGUGAAUGUAAGAGUAUGAUUGUUGGCUGAGUACUCGCCAUCUUGAAGGGCAGGCUCUUCAUAUUACAGAUAGGCUGCAUUCUGCGUUGGGGUUAUUUUUUAAUCCAUUAGAUUUUUGGAAUUUUAUCCCCCUUACUUUAAAGUGGUGUAACUGUAGAUUGAUGUCCCAAUCAUGUUCUUAAUUUAAGGUGUCAUAACAUUGUGCAUAUUAAUUUGAAUCUUUUGUUUUCUCCUUUAUGGCAUAUUUUAUUGCUAAACAUUGGAGAGAAAUGUUAUAGAUUACUAGAAAUAGAUUUCAUAUACAUUUAUUAUUGAAUGUAAGGAAAAUUCCUAAUUCUUUUUCUCAUUCAUAGUCAAACUUUUUUGCUCAAUAUUCAUAGUUUCUUGAAUGAUGUAUAUUGAUUUGUUUUCUUUCACAAUAAGAAAUGACACUGUAGCAAAUUCUUCUUCUUGCCAUUUCUUUUAGCACUCUGCCAGCUAAGUUUUGUACUGUGUAUGUUGUAAACAAUGUUGGCAGUGUAAAUUUUAUAAACUUAUGACCAGUAAUAUAUGUUAUUUAUUUUAGAGUGCUUCCACAAUUAGUCUCAUUUAUUAACACUUUCAUAUCAUGCAUUUUCUUGAGGUAGGGGGAGUAAUCUGUUGAUAAAUCAUAUUUUUAGUUUAAAAAAAAUGUAAUAUUAAGCAAUAAAAAAAUGUUUGACAAUGAUGUACAGCAUCAGAUGAAAUUAAACUAUUGUUUUGUAAGUUUCCCAAGCAUAAUUGGUAUUAAGUACUACUGAUUGUCAGAUGUACAUACAUUUGAUUUACAUUUCAAGUUCUACAGUCUUUUUGCUUUUUUCCACUUUCCAUACUGCAAUUUCUUUUUAUGAAAAACUUUCCUUGAUUUAUUUAAUAGUUAGUUAAAACUGUAUCAUUUUGCUUGUUUUUAAUCAGAAUGUUUGAAAAAAAAAAACAAUAUUGUAUCAAAAAAUGAAAUACUAAAAAAAUAUUUCAGCUGAAUAAAUUAGAUUAAUAGCUGGCUGUUGAUAGAAAAACAAAACCUAAGUAGUAGGCAGAUUCUUAAUGCCAAAGAAAAUUGUAAUAAAAAGUAUGUUAUUGAGAUUAAGUGGAAAAUUGAAAACAUCUAAUAAAGGAUAUUUUUUUUUCACAAAAGAAAAGUCAGUACAUGUGUAGAUACUGUAUCAUAUUUUUUUUUCUGGGACAAAGCUGUAACAAAUUAUUUAAAUUGCACAGCUCAUUAACUUAAAUAUAUUGUUUACUUAAUAGAUUAUGAAGAAUAAGACAAAGGAAUAACUGUUAUCAUUUUUUUUUAUGCCAAGAAAAUUCUAGAAUUUUAAAUUACUUAUUUUCAAAUUUUCUUUUUUUUUUUGCCCCAUUAAAGUUUGGUUUGUAUAUUGAUUUAAAAAAAAAAGAAGUCAUUUCUGAUGUAUCAAAUUACACAAUGCUGUAAUGAAAAUGGGAAUUUUUAAAAAUUAACAUGAAUUAAAAAACAAAACAGCAACUAUGUUUGAUUAGCCUACCUAAGUCCAUUUCCUAUGUUGAUUCUCAUUCACCUUUAUAAAUUGUUACUUGUUACUUCCUGACCAACUAGAUCUGUGAAAGCCACUCCAUCUAAUUAUUCCUCUAUCAAAUCCUGUUUGCUUUUGUUUUUCCUUUUAAUGGUUUGUAUUGAUACUUUAUUGUUUCCUAUAAUUAAAGUUGAUUAAAAUGUAUUGUUGUAAUGUUAGUACUUUGAAAAGCUACGAUUUGUUUUUCAACAAAGAAAAGAAAAGGGAAAUAGUGUUAAACUUAUUUGAGAAAUAUGACUGAAGAGAUACUAAAGGGCAAUAACUCAACAAAGGUUUUAAAAACACUUCUUUAUUGACAAGUUUUUGAUGGAUAAUAUAUUCAUUCAUUAUAAAUAUAUCAUUAGCAAAUUUAUUUUUGUUACACAUUCAGUUUUGUUUUUGCAAUAUUUCAAAUGUUGUCUUCUAACAAAAAAGCUUUAAUUUAUGAUUGAAGUUAGUUCCAUAGUAAAUAUUCCUGUGAUGACAAGCAAACAAUGAAAUGUUUUCAACUUCCAAUAAACAUUAUGUUUUGAAAAAACAUAUUCA